GCGUUCAGUAUGACAAACAGGCUCAAAGCCUAUGCCUUUCCUAUGUGUAGCGUGUUUCUGUGUACUGGGGUCUGCUCUGUCUUCACUCUCUACCACCAUUGCUUAUAUCCAUGGCUGAAACCCUCUGUAAAUUCAUUUUCUUUUGUGAUAACAAAGUAUGUGUUUCUAUAUGUAAAAGCUUUUCUUUUUUAACGUUUUUGUUUAGUGAUUGACUUCAACAGUUUCUUUUUCUUGAAAAUCUCUGUUUCUGUUGCUUUGUGACUGUAAUCUAUGCUCGUUCAAAGCUGGGCACUUUUUCUUUUUGUCCUGAAUAGCUUCUCUACACCAGUUUUCACUCUGUAAACCCUCAAUCCCUUCUUCUUCUUCUUCUUCUUCUUCCGUUCUCUUGUCUGUUUUUAAUGGAUAAUAGGAUUGGUUUCUCUGAUUCUAACGAGAUCAGCAAUGGAAGCUGCACGAGCUGCAUAGAAACCCUUUCCACACCUAAGCCUCCAAAUCCAGAAAUCUCAGCUCUGCGACAGCUCUCCAAAAGCCUCGAAUCCAUCUUCGAGUCCCCAGAUUUUGACUAUUUCGCAGACGCCAAAAUCACAAUCUCGGCCUCUAACCGGGAGGUUCCAGUCCACCGAUGCAUUCUGUCGGCGAGAAGUUCUUUCUUCAAGGCGAUGUUUUCGGGUUCUGCAGCCAAAGAGAAAGAUGCGAAGUUCGAAUUGAAGCAGUUGGCCAAGGACUAUGAUGUUGGGUUUGAUUCACUUGUGGCAGUUUUGGCCUAUUUAUAUAGUGGAAAAGUGAGGCCUUUGCCUGACGGCGUUUGUGUUUGUGCGGAUGAAGAUUGCUCCCAUGUCGCUUGCAGGGUUGCUGUGGAUUUUAUGCUUGAGGUGUUAUAUGCGUCUUUUACUUUUCAGGUGCCUGAAUUGGUGGCUCUCUAUCAGAGGCACCUUCUAGACAUUCUUGACAUAGUUGCAAUUGAUGACAUCUUGGUGGUUCUAUCCGUUGCAAAUAUGUGUGAUAAAGCCUGUGAGAGAUUGUUUGCAAGAUGCAUCAAGAUCAUUGUAGAAUCUGAUGUUGAUAUUGUAACUCUUGACAAGGCCUUACCCCAACACAUUGUAAAGCAAAUAACAGAUUCUCGCUUAGAGUAUGGUCUGGAGACACCCGAGAGCCCAGGUUAUGCUGAUAAACACAAAAAGAGAAUACACCGAGCUUUGGACUCAGAUGAUGUAGAAUUAGUUAGAAUGCUACUAAAUGAGGCGCAUACCAAUUUAGAUGAUGCCCAUGCACUCCAUUAUGCUGUUGCAUACUGUGACGCAAAGACUGCCACAGAGCUUCUUAAUCUUGGAAUUGCUGAUGUUAACCUUAGAAAUUCAAGAGGCUACACUGUACUGCAUGUUGCUGCAAUGCGUAAAGAGCCUAAGAUUAUUGUAUCUCUCUUGACUAAGGGAGCUCGUCCAUCAGAUCUUACUUCAGAUGGUAGAAAAGCACUUCAAAUAUCAAAGAGACUUACAAGGGCUUCAGAUUACCAUAGCUCUACUGAGGAAGGAAAAGCUUCUCCCAAGGAGCAAUUAUGCAUAGAGAUAUUGGAACAAGCAGAAAGAAGAGAUCCAUUGCUUGGAGAGGCUAUUUCUCUUGUUGUAGCUGGUGAUGACCUGCGAAUGAAAUUGUUGUACCUAGAAAAUAGAGUUGGACUGGCAAAACUUCUAUUUCCUGUGGAAGCAAAAGUUAUGAUGGAUAUUGCUCAAGUGGAUGGCACUAAUGAAUUUCCAUUAAAUGACAUCAUGGCAAAGAAUUUGGCUGGUGCUCAGAGGACAACAGGGGGCUUUAAUGAGGCACCUUUUAGAAUGCAAGAGGAGCAUCUGAAUAGGACGAGAGCACUCUCUAGAACUGUGGAACUUGGAAAACAGUUUUUCCCUCGGUGCUCAGAGGUACUAAACAGGAUCAUGGAUGCUGAUGACUUAUCGCAGCUUGCCAAUUUAGGGAAUGACACUCCAGAGGAAAGACUCCAAAAGAGAAAAAGAUACAUGGAACUCCAGGUAGUUCUAGGCAAGGCAUUUACUGAGGAUAAACAAGAGUUUGACCGGUCUACCAUAUCAUCGUCUUCAUCUAAAUCAAUAGGUGCAGUGAGGUCUAAUUGUAAGCUCCUUGGUAGGGGUGGUAAGACGUAAUUCAUUCUCUUCCUCUUGUACGAUAGUUCUGUAACUUCUUCUCUUUUUUUCCCCCUGUGCUCAUCAUAUCAAUCAUCCUUCUU